AUGGUUAAGCCUACAGAGCUGUCUGCUGCCUAUGAAAUGGCUCAAGUACAGGAGUACUCCUUGCAGUUGCAGAAUAGACAAGGAAGGGAAGUGCAGAAAAAUCUAGUAGAAAAUAAGUUCGGCUUGCAUAAAAGUCAGCCUCCAAGUACCAACUCAGGCAAUCUAUAUAGGAUUCCCCCUGUUAACCAGCACAAGUUUUCCAAUGCAAGAAGGACAGUUCCAGAUAAUAAUUCCACUAGGAAAAUUUCACCACAGGAAAUUCAAUACAGAAGGAACAAUGGACUGUGUUUUAAGUGUGGAGAGAAGUAUGGGGCAGGACAUCAGUGUAAAAUGGGACAUCUAAACUUCUUCCUUGGGGAUGAAGAAGAGGACACGGAAUUUGAGGAUGCAAUGGGGGAACAAGAUGAGCACACUGGUAAUCCAGGAACUGUUAUGGAAAUGUCCUUACACACACUGUCAGAAUCCCUCAAAAGAAACACUAUCACAAUCACAGGACAUCUAGAUGGAGAGGAGGUGCUAAUCCUAGUGGAUACAUGGAGUUCUGACAGCUACAUUGACAGUGAGUUGGUCAUUGCUCUAGACAUUUCUUACAGAAUGGUUUCCCCCUUCUCUGUUAUUGUGGGGAAUGGAACAUGUGUAACCAGCAAGGCCAUCUGCCCAAGGGUCAGAUGGGAAAUCAAUCAACAUCAAUUUGGUUUUGAUUUGAAGGUGAUGCAACUGAGUGGCUGGCAUAUUGUGCUAGGAGUGGAUUGGAUGACUCAUUUUAGCCCCAUCACGUUUGAUUUUCAUAACCUCAGGAUCUCUAUGGAGUAUCAAGGGGAAACAGUUCACCUACAAGGGAGUUCAGAGGAUUGUGAAUUGGAUUUAAUCAGGGGUAAGGACCUUAGGCAUUUCAUAGAAUAUAAGAAGAGAUGCUUUGCUAUCAGAAACAUGGAAGCAGAAAUGGCCCCAGCAGGAGCCUCAGAAGGGACAAGAGAGGAGCAGCAGCCUCAGGAAAUCAAAGAUUUGCUAGAAGAAUUUUCAGAAGUUUUUCAGCAGCUCGUGUCCUUACCACCUAUCAGGACAUGUGACCAUGCAAUUCCCUUGAAGUCAGGGGCUCAACCAUUCAAGCUUAAGCCCUAUAGAUACCCCCAUUCUCAGAAGGAUGAAAUUGAGAAGCAGGUUACAGUGAUGUUACAACAGGGAAUUGCAAGGCACAGCAACAGUCCAUUUGCAUCACCAGUUUUACUGGUUAAGAAGAAGGAAGGCUCUUGGCGAUUCUAUGUGGACUACAGGAAGCUGAAUGAAAUCACCAUCAAAGAUUGCUAUCCCAUUCCAAAUGUGGACGAGCUGCUGAAUGAGCUGGCUGGAUCCAAGUAUAAGUCUAAGCUGGACUUGACUGCAGGUUUCCAUCAGAUCAGGGUCAAACCUCAAGAUGUGUACAAGACAGCAUUUCAAACUCAUUGUGGCCAUUAUGAGUUUUUAGUCAUGCCUUUUGGGCUGACUAAUGCUCUUACUAGAGUGGAUUAUUUGGGACAUACCAUCUCAGAGAAAAGAGUUAGCAUGGAUUCUUCCAAGGUGAGCAGUAUGCUGACCUGGCCUACACCCAAAUCAGUGAAGGAGUUAAGAGGAUUUCUUGGACUCACAGGGUACUACAGACGAUUCAUUAAAGGUUAUGGGAUCCUGUGUAGACCACUGACUGAACUACUGAGGAAGGAUGCAUUUUUUUGGACUGACACAACUCAGGAGGCCUUUGACUUGCUCAAAAGAGUCAUGACCACAGCUCCAGUACUCAGGUUGCCUGACUUUAAGCAGCCAUUUGUGGUAGAAACUGAUGCGGGUGGAGGAGGGGAAUUCGAGCUGUGCUUAUGCAGGAGGGACAUCCUAUUGCAUUUCUCAGUAAAUCAUUGA